AACCAGAGUGGCUCUAGGUCUUGAGCUACUUGCAAAAAAACUACUGUGGGAUUAAGGGACUGGUGACAAAGAUCUCGAGGUUUGUGUCUUAAGGCUGGAAAAAAAUGUUGACAGUUUUUCCUACUGGGAAAUUGCAUUCCUGUGCCACAUAUGAACAUCAGUAGGUUGAAAGAAAAACUUACGUCACACCUCUGAUUGCAAUCUCACUUUUCUUUCUUUUUUUUCCACCACUUCUUGCAGACAGGAUUAAUAUAGCCAAGGACUUGCACAUAAUUUAAUAAAACUUUGAAAAAAUAGGAGUUUACUGCUAUAAAUGAGGGAUCAACAGAAAAAAGAAAGAUGUCAAGUUAAGAGGCUUCAACUCCUGCAACACCUAAACUGAAGCUGGUGCCGUGUUUCCCUCUGGAAUCUGUCUCACCCCUCUGCAGAUGCCAGCCCUCCCGCGAGUGGCACCCUGCUGCAAGCAGUAGCUGAUGCAGCGUGGCUGCCAGUGAGUAUUUGAAGAGAUUCCCCCUGUGUCUGGUUCCCAGUGCAGCUCCCAUGGCCUGUGACGAACCCACUGCUCCCUCGGGCAUCUUCACACGCCAGAACUCUGCCAGCACCACCUCUCUGGACUUUGAGCCUGACACCGACUACAAGUUUGUUGAAACCUUAGAGGAUCGGUACAAGUGCGCCUACUGCCACCUCGUCCUUCACAACCCCCACCAGACAGGAUGUGGGCACCGAUUUUGCCAGCAGUGUAUUCUUUCUCUGAGGGAGUUAAAUGCAGUACCCACCUGUCCUGUCGACAAAGAAACAAUAAAAAUGCACGAGGUAUUCAAAGACAAUUGCUGUAAGAGAGAAGUUCUCAAUUUGCAUGUGUUCUGCAAAAACUUUCCUGACUGCAAUUCAAAAGUAAUUCUGGGACGAUAUCAGGAGCAUCUUCAGCAGUGUUUGUUUGAAAGCAUGCAAUGCACUAAUGAUGGAUGUUGUGAUCAAAUUCUUCGGAAAGACGUGAAAGAACACUUGAGCCAGCACUGUAAAUUUCGAGAAGAAAUGUGUCAGUACUGUAAUACAUAUGUGGUGUUCAUUAACAUAAAGAAUCAUGAAAAAGAUGACUGUCCUAAUUAUCCUGUGCCUUGUCUCCAAAAUUGUUCACAAAUAAUUCUGAAAAAAGAGAUUGAAAAGCACCAGGCUGUGUGCCCUGAGGCAGAAGUGGACUGCCCCUAUAAGCAGUACGGAUGUCUUGCAAAGGUUAAAAGAGGGAAACUUGCUGAACAUGAAAACACUGCCCUGAGGGAACAUAUGCUGCAGAUUUUAGACAAGAACUCCCGGUUGGAAGAACAGAUAUCUGACCUAUAUAAGAGCCUGGAAUGUAAAGAGAUUAAAAUCCAGCAGCUGGCAGAGGCCAUUAAAAAGUGUGAGAAAGAAUUCAGACAGUAUACACAACUGUUUGGUAAAAAUAGCAACUUGAUGGUAAGCACACAGGCUUUGGCCAGCCACCUGGAUAAGUCUGCACGCCUGGAAUCACAAGUGAAACAGCUAAUACAGAUGGCAAACCAGCAGCAGAGUAAAUUAGACUUGCGGCCCCUGUUUGACACAAUCGAAAAUGUAAAGCAGAAGAUUGCCCUGAUGGAGACAUACGAUCAGCGCUUGGUUGUUUUGGAAGAUCAGUCCAGCAAACAUGAUCUCCAGAUCAAUAUUCACAAAGCACAGCUCAAUAAAAAUGAAGAACGAUUUAAGCUUUUGGAAGGCACGUGCUACAAUGGGAAAUUAAUCUGGAAAAUCACAGACUACAAGAUGAAAAAGAAAGAAGCGGUGGAAGGCCGUGUCCUCUCCAUAGCCAGCCAGCCCUUUUACACCAGCCGCUGUGGGUACAGGUUGUGUGCAAGAGCCUACCUGAACGGGGAUGGCUCAGGGAAGGGAACACACAUCUCUCUCUACUUUGUAGUGAUGAGGGGGGAAUUUGACUCGCUGUUGCUGUGGCCUUUCAAGCAAAAAGUUACACUUAUGCUUUUGGACCAAAGUGGGAAAAAAAAUCACAUUGUGGAAGUCUUUAGAGCCGACCCCAACAGCAGCAGUUUCAAAAGGCCAGAUGGGGAAAUGAAUAUUGCCUCCGGAUGUCCCCGCUUCGUGCCGCACGCGGUCCUGGAGAACACAAAGAACACCUAUAUCAGAGAUGACACUCUGUUUUUGAAAGUCGUCGUGGAUUUAACUGAUCUGGAGGAAUUGUGAAAAUUGUUCCCAAUCAAUGUGACUGCUUUAACCAUUAAGAACUGCUUUCUUGGUGACUACCAGCCAUGCAAUAGUGAAUUGCCACCAGUUAAGCUACUGA